AUGGAUCAGGCCAUCUACAUUUCUAGUGACGGCGAGCCCGACGACGAUCAAUCCGCCUUCUCUGAGGACGACGAUUUCCAGGAACAGCUAGCAGCGGACGAUUGGUUUGCUGCCUACCUUGACACAGGGAUCACUGAGGAAGGCCUCCCAGGUCGACCUCCCAAAAGGCAAAGAGUCCAUGGUCCAGAAGACGCUAUCGACGGAAUCCUUUCUACUAACCCACUUGCAUCCCGGGGCCUUGAAUAUCCAGGGUAUCCACAGGCUGCGACUUCGAUGGCACCGGCAACUGACGGCACCGUUGCACUGUUCGCCCAAGUCCUGGAGAUGUUUCCUGACAUCAGCCAUGCCUACGUUCUAGGUCUGAUGGGUAAACACAAGGUGGCUUUGGGACCCGAUGCAGGUCAGACCCGGGGGUUCAAUUUGGCGAUAGCCAGAGAUGCUAUCUAUGAAGAGAUUCUCGGACAGAAAUCAUACCCUAAACAAGACAACGAGAAUAGCAAACGGAAAAGGGAAGAAUCUGAGGACGAGGAUAUAUGGAAGAGCGGUUCGCUAAAUGCAAACAACAGUCAUGGAUAUUGCGAGGCAGCGGCUGCCCUCCUGGCAAUCGAGUUUCCGUGGAUCCCAAUGAGCCACAUCAGGAAAGUCCUCAGCGCCAAGGAACGUCUGUACCAUGCAUUUAUAGCGCUUUACUCUGACGACAAGGUUCAGUAUGUGAAGUUGAAGAGCCAAAGGAGUACGAAUUCUCCCAAGAAAUACAACCCUCUUCGUGAUACUCUGGCACAAGAGCUCAAUGCAGCGAAGAAGCAGGUAGGAAAACUGCAGACCACUUUGCGCAAGAAAAAGGAGGAAGAGGAGGCGGAAAAGGCCAACGAGGAGGAACACAUUCGAACAGGCAAUACUAUCGAGUGUCAGUGCUGCUACAGCGACGCCCCGGCAAAUCGUUGCCUUCCCUGUGAUGGGGAUGGCCUUCAUUUCUUUUGCUUUACGUGCCUCCGCAGAUCGGCCGAGAACCAAAUUGGUAUGAUGAAAUACACGAUUCAAUGUUUCGACGUCGGCGGCUGUCAAGCCCGAUUUGAGCGUUCACAGCUCAGGGAGGUUUUGGGCUCAUCGAUCAUGGAAAAACUGGAUUCCCUUCAACAAGAAGACGAGAUUCGACUCGCCGGUCUGGACGGUCUUGAGGACUGCCCCUUUUGCUCUUACAAGGCCGUCUUGCCCUCCGUGGAAGAAGACCGGGAAUUCCGCUGCGAAAACUCUUCCUGCAAAGUGGUUAGCUGUCGUCUAUGCAAGGCGAAGAGUCACAUACCUCUGACCUGCGAUGAGUUCCGAAAAGACAAGGGACUCUCCGAGAGGCACCAGGUCGAAGAAGCCAUGAGUAAUGCUCUGAUACGGAAGUGCCCCAAAUGCCAGAUCCAAAUCAUCAAGGAGUAUGGAUGCAACAAAAUGCAUUGCACGAAUUGUCAUACUCUGAUGUGCUAUCUAUGUCAGAAGGAUAUUACCAAGGAAGGAUACGAUCAUUUCGGACGCGGAACUUGUCUCCAAGACGACACGCGUGCACAAGACCGUGAACACAGAGAGAUUCAGAAAGCUGAGCGGGAGGCGAUUGAUAAGAUUCUAGCAGAGAACCCCGAUAUAACCGAGGAGCAGAUUCGAGUGGGCCACGAAAAACCAAACGUCUCGAGGGACCCUCAGCUGCACCCAGCAGCUCACAUGCGAGAUGUACUGAGAGCGAUGAGGGCGGAAAUGGCCGCUCAACAACCUCAGCAGCACCAGCAUGCUAACCAUGCCCUUCCCCCCCAAGCACAUUUCCAAGUUUACCCUCGGCCAGCUCCCUAUGUCCCAUACCCUAUGAAUUAUGGAGGGUUCAUACCGCAUCCGCACCGUCCUGAUAUCAAUGCUCCCCGUGCAAUGGCCGUACCUGGAGUACCCGACAGACGACCAGCCCAACCGAUCGGGGCCCAACCGUACCGCAGGAUUGCCGCCGCCGAUAACUAUAUACAGAACGUCCAGAACCCCCCCGCAUUCCAGCCUCAGCAACGACUACCUCAGGAUCCAACUGCAGAUUUUCGCCCUGAUUUUUACGGCCCCUUUUGA